UGUUGGUCGGGCCCGCGGAAAUGGGCGAGCAUAAUCUCCUUAAUCCAGGGUUUGUGGGACCUUUGGUAAACAUCCACACUGGAGACACAUUUUACUUUCCGAAUUUUAGAGCCUCAGGGGGACAACUGGCGGGGCUACCGUCGCUCUCCUACCCGAGAAGGGACAAUGUUUGCUCCCUCCCGUGGAAUCCUUCGGAGCCGUGCAAUGGAUACUCUCAAUCCUACUUUAGCAGCCCCGUGUCUAUUAACCCUUCUUUCAAUCGGUCGUGCGAAAUUAGCAGACCAGAAGAGGGUAAAUGUUAUUAUAACAACGGCAACGGGAACAGGGAGACCUGUUCAGGUGGCAGCAGCCUCAAACGAGAGGAUAGGGCGAGAGACACAUCAUCAUUAACAUCUGACCACGGGAUGCACAGUGGAAUUGGCAGCACAGCCACCUUCUCCAAAUAUGAUUAUGGGACCGAGCAGCUAACGCAAGACCCGCCAUCCUGUCAGUCAAUGGAGUCCGACUCCAGCUCCUCUCUGCUCAACGAGGGCAGCAAGCCUCCAUCCAGCGACACACAGACCCUGGUGUCACCGGGAAGCCAUUCAAGCAACAUAGCCGCAGGAGGUGCCCCGUGGUACCCGAUGCACACUCGGACCAGAAAGAAACGUAAACCGUAUUCCAAACUUCAGCUGGCUGAGCUAGAGGGUGAAUUCAUGCUGAAUGAGUUCAUCACCAGGCAGCGGCGGAGGGAGCUCUCCGACCGUCUGAACCUCAGCGACCAACAAGUGAAGAUCUGGUUCCAGAACCGCAGGAUGAAGAAGAAGAGACUCAUGCUGAGGGAGCAAGCCUUGGCCUACUUUUAGAGAUGCGGCAGAAGGUGAAUCGAUGGGCAGUAAAAGCCAAGCCUUCUGCGUUCCCUUAGGUCUUAUUUCAAUGCAUGCACUCAUAUAUCAAUCUUUUUGACAUUGCAGGCAAUUAUUACAACAUUUUCUGAUAUUAUUUUUUUGAAAGGUGCGGGCUGCACAAGCCCAAAACAAGCCACUAUCUGACAUUCAAUGCUAUAGUCAACAUGACAGUAAGACUGCCUCUAUGUUUGGUAUAAUCGCACAAAAACUGUGAGAAUGUGUAUUUCUGUGUACGAUGCAUCUCUUGGUUUUUCCUUAUUUGUCAAGAGACGUGUAAGCCACGCGAAAAAUGCUGUCGAUGCAAUAGUUCAUCUUGGGAUGACCCAUAAUGACAACAUCCUUUGUGUUCCAUUUUUCGUCAGAGAAAGUGAGGAGGGAGCGGGGCCACUAGGUAAAAUCUAAAAAAAAUUAGGCCUAAAAAUAGCAGUGAAGUCAGAAAGGCAGAGAAGCCUGGUUUGAUCCGCAUCCGCGCACUCAUUUAUCUGAGGUUAUGAACUGAUAAAGAAGAAUCUCCCUCCGGGUUGCUUAAAACUUCCACAGCCAUAAUUUGUUGGGAAAGAGGAACAUCAUCGUUAUCUCCUUUUCACAGUUUUUGCCACUCUUUGUGGGCACGUUCACGGUCACGGACAGGAAGUCUGUGAGUCUGCAUGAGGAGAGGGAGGACUAAAACCGCAAUGUAAUCCAUAUCGAUAUCUUUAUGACUGCAUUGGAAAAAAUGAAUUGCCAUGUCUUUGUUCAUGUGCUAACACGUUUCUAAAGGUAUUUUUCUUACUUGUAUUACCUUUCAACUUGUCUUUACAACAACCACAGAAUCCUGCAUGAGUUGCAUUUUUUUAGUUGAGUGAGAUCACCGUUUGAAUACGGUUUUGAGCUGCUAUUAAAGUCCACGUCCAGAUCGUGCCCGUUAAAAAUAGUGUAUUCAACAAUAAACUCGCCAGGAUCUGUAAUGGAAAUAUUCACCAGUAUAAGUAGGCUACAUUUUUAGGCCAACUUGGUUAAACAAGGCUGCCGCCUAAAGUUGCAACGGAGGAAGGAUGAUACGUUUUUAGGCCUGAAAGAGCAUUUUCUUAAACUUGGUGCUCAUAAUAAAAAUAAAUAUGUAGAAAUUUAGAAAAGUUAAUCAUAGGCCUAUAUGUGCUCCCUUAAUUCAGUGCGAAUGCAUCAUCUGUCAUGUAUAAUGAGUAAGCUAUAGCAGUGAAAUGUAUUUGCAGCAUGUUAUUGAUGUGAAAUAGCUAUAAGUCAUGUUCUGCGGGCCACUUUUUCUAUAGGUGAUUUUUUUAUUAUUAUUAUUUUUUGAACAAAUCAAAUGCGAACACAACCCUAAACAUUUUUGACACAGACGUCUACAAAGAAUGUAUUAUUAUUAUUAUUAUUAUUAUUAUUAUUAUUAUUUUUAUUAUUAGGAUGGAAGGAUGGAGAGCCUAUCUGGCUACUUAAUGUACUUGCUCCUUGCAACGUGCUUAAUGUUUUCCCUUUCCUUACCUUGUACUGGUGUAUACCUUUGUAAAAUUAAAUUACAUAUGUUACUAUUCGCAUCCUGUUUGAGGAUCCCUUAUCGCUAAUAGUGCGUUUUGUUAUUGAUCGUCUUGUACAAUAUAGCAUUCCAUAUAGCCUAUUUGUGGUUGUAAGGGUUGGAAAUGUAGGCCUAUUAUAUCAUACUGCCAAGGAGGUAAGAAAUGGUAUUCAAGAAGUUUUACCAUACAUAACAUUUAAAGAAACCCUGUUUCAGUGUAAUAGUUGUUUGUUAUCGUUUUUAUUUCGUCCCUCAUCGCAUUCCCUUCUUUGCGCUUGUAAGGAUUGCUACGUUGUCUUGUAAAAGUAAUACUGAUAUGAAUGUAUAAGGUCUUCAAUAAACAGAAUAUUGAAACGUU